AUGGCCCCCUCGAGCACAGUCAUGCGGCCGUUCCUCCGCCAGGCCGCGCCCGGCGGCAGCGCCCUCGCCCAGGCCCUCCGCGGCGCCCAGCGCCAGCGCCCCCAGUUCUUCCAGUCACAGGCGUUCCGCUUCCGCAACGGCAACAGCAGCGGUAGCAAGCGGUGGCAGAGCACCAGCGGCGCCGGCGCCGAGCAGCAGCAGCAGCAGAGCUGGUUCAAGCGCGCGUGGGAGAGCGAGGUUGGCAUCAAGACGGUGCACUUUUGGGCUCCCGUCAUGAAGUGGGCGCUCGUCCUCGCCGGCAUCUCCGACUUUGCCCGUCCCGCAGAGAAGCUCUCGUUUACGCAGAACUUUGCCCUCACCUGCACCGGCCUCAUCUGGACCCGGUGGUGCCUCAUCAUCAAGCCCAAGAACUACCUCCUCGCCGCCGUCAACUUCUUCCUCGGCCUCGUCGGCAUCGUCCAGCUCACGCGCAUCGGCAUGCACGAGUCCGCCAAGAAGGACAGCAACAACACCGUCGCCGACGUCGUCGAGGACGUCAAGCAGGACGUCAAGGACGUUGUCAAGUCUUAG